AUGAAGCAUUGGCAGAUGGCUAGAAGGAAGUCAUGGUCUGAAGAAGACACGUCCCCUGAGGACUCACCGAAGACGCCCUUGAGCCCCGAUGGUGAAGGCUUCAAAGUGACCCUGGUGAAUCUGUCAGAAGAAAGCCUCUCGAACGUCCCAGAGACAGAAGAACUCAUUGAACGCCUUGAUACUGAGUCUGAGGGAUCUGAGGAGUCUGUCGUGUCCGAUCUGAAAGAGAGACCUGUUCCCGGCCUCGUGCUUCGGCCCGGUUGGAACAUCCUCGACUAUCACCUCUAUCUCCUUAGCAACGAGCGUGACCGAGACGAGCACGUCCGAAAGAACAGUAUGUACAUUUUCGAUGGGACCGAAUGUACCAUACGUUCCUAUGAAGAACUCUUCGAUCACGAGGUGCUGGCUCCUUUCAAUGUCGGCGAUGAUCCUCAGCUGGUGUUCAACAUCCUGCCCAUCAUUAACCGGGACGCCUCGGAAUGCCAUGCAGGCUAUAUCCUGGGGUACAGUCAUGUGAACAAGAUGUUGUAUGCUCGUUAUUUUGAGUGGAUUCCCCACAUCGAGGACCUCGACUUUGUGUGGCAGGAUGGUUGCAACAUGUACGAGGUGACAAUCUAUGAAUUGCUUGGCCUUCUUCAUGAUUGCUUCGUUCGGAAAAGUUUCUUCCCAGGCGAAGGCAUCUUGAGCGCUGGUUACCAGCAUGGUCAUCACCGCCCAUCUCGAAGGUUUGACGACCCCGGAAUGGAACUAGUCAUGACCACCCUCUUGUGCCAAUGGAUCAGGGAUGCUGCCGACCCGCUGUUUGGUCCUGCUUACUUGCGAAUCGGUAACCUCAAGGAACAAGCCGCCUACUACGAGCAGCAAUGUCGCUUGAUGCUGCAGCGCGCUUCGGCUAGAGCGUGGUUCUAUAUCCGCGACGGAUGGGUUCCAGAUGAUUUGGCACGCAACUUGGAACUCAACGCGUGGACCAACGAUCUGUACACCUAUUGUGAUUCCAUGUACGCAGAGAAUGGAAUUGAUUGGCCCGCCCCUAGCUUGAGGAAAUCAUCCGAGCUUCGAGAACAGUAUGUCGAGACUCACAGAGCCGAAAACUCCGCCGAUGUACGUUUCAACAAAUUGUUUAUCGCAGCGGGUGACAACAACCCUAGACCCGAGAAUGAGGCACUUGAGGAGCUUACAGCCAUGAUCGGACGGGAGCAGGCGCACCACCUGCUGGACUGCGCCGCUAGCCAGUGCCUGGACAAUCUCGUGUCGAACGAAGGCGAGAGUGAUGAUCAUCACAACGUCUCAAUAGAGUGGCUUGCCCGUCGUCUCGCAUAUCUCACAUUGGACUACCCUGAACUGGAUAGCCCCACAAACCGCAGCCACUUUUGCGAGCUUUUGAUGAGAAUGGGGGUGUCCAUGCAACAGCAGCCAGCGGAACAUCUGGCCCAGUUGCCGGAUUCUCCGCUCAACGGCGACUUCUGGAAAUUGGUUGUCGAUUCGUCCCAAGCUGACGCUUCGAGCGCUCGUCAUCUUCUACCUAGCCCAGUCAUUGAUUAG